AAGGAUUAGCAGGCAGAACCAAUGAAAAAAUACUGGUACAUUUUCUGGCAAUGUGUCCAAAAAGCAUGAAAAAAACCCAUUAUCAUUCAUUUCUCAGUUGUUUCUGUUUUUCUAACAGCUUUGGGAUCCAAGAACAAUACAAUACAUUUUGUGACUGAGUUUAUCCUCUUGGGUUUCAGUAACCAGGGGGAGAUGCAGAGUUUCUUCUUCUCUUCGAUUCUGAUUCUUUACCUCCUGACCUUGCUGGGGAAUGGAGCUAUUGUUUGUGCUGUGAGAUGGGAUCAGAGGCUCCACACACCGAUGUACAUCUUCCUGGGAAACUUUGCCUUUUUAGAGAUAUGGUAUGUCUCUUCCACCAUCCCAAACAUGCUGGUCAAUAUCCUCUCUGAGAGUAAGACCAUCUCCUUCUCUGCCUGCUUCCUCCAAUUCUAUUUCUUUUUUUCACUUGGUACAACAGAGUGUUUCUUCUUGUCAGCUAUGGCUUAUGAUCGAUAUCUGGCUAUCUGUCGACCAUUACACUACCCCUCUAUCAUGACUAGGAAGUUCUGUGUUAUCCUGAUUUGUAUCUGCUGGGUGAGUGGAUUCCUCUGCUAUCCAGUUCCAAUUGUCCUCAUCUCCCAACUUCCUUUCUGUGGACCUAACAUCAUUGACCACUUUGUGUGUGACCCAGGACCAUUGUUUGCACUAUCCUGUGUACCCGCUCCUUCCACUGAGCUUCUCUGUUAUACCUUCAACUCAAUGAUUAUUUUUGGGCCCUUCUUCUCGAUCUUGGGAUCCUACACUCUAGUGCUCAGAGCUGUGCUUCGAGUUCCUUCUGGUGCUGGUCGAACUAAAGCUUUCUCCACAUGUGGAUCCCACUUAGUGGUUGUGUCUCUGUUCUAUGGAACUCUUAUGGUGAUGUAUGUGAGCCCCACAUCAGGUAACCCCGCAGGAAUGCAGAAGAUCGUUACUCUAAUUUACUCAGCUUUGACUCCCCUCUUAAAUCCUCUCAUCUACAGUCUCCGAAAUAAAGACAUGAAAAAUGCCUUAAAGAAAGUGCUAAAAUUAACAACUAUCCAAAACUGAGACAAUUUUGAAGAAAUCAUGGGUUACUUUUUUAUACCAACAUGUUUGAAAAUCAUUUUUAUGAUACAGAUUAAUAGGAUCUACUGUGAUCUUGC